UGGAAUUCGCGCUAACGGCAGCGAGCUACCUGAAGCCUUUUGCUGAAGGGUUUGUGUACAUUAACACGACAAAAGUGCACCCAGUAUGGUUUCCAUAUCCGUUAGCUCCGACCUUUCACGCUGCGCGUAUUUCCAUCAUCUACCAGUCGAACACCCGCCGUUCAUCGAGUCAGCAAUCAUGGGGGACGUAUCUAAUAGGGUACCUAAUCAUGGGUUGGGGAGGAGGCAUCUUGUCGCAUUUUCUGCUAGGACUGCCUCCACCUAUGCUCUAUUCGUUCCAUCCAGCCAUCAACUAUAUCACCGUUCAUUUAAUCGUGACGCUCCUUUUCAAAAUAUUGCCAGAUGUUCUUUAUCCACCCGUACUUGAUACGAUACUCUGGCCAUUGGACGCCCUACUACGAACGAACGCGGUCACCAGCACCCUGGGGCUGCUCUACGCGCCCAGCGUACAUCCAGAAUAUCAGAACUCCGCGUUGACCCACAUGAUUGUUGGUGCAAUAGUCUCGUCAGGUGGAGGCGUAGCCGUCGGUACCCUUGGUGCAUUUUCGACGUCUUGGUCUUUCACGACACCCCCGAUCCUUCGUGCUGGUGCAGGAUGGGCAGGGACUCUGGAUGUCUGGGGAGGAGCUCUUGUCGGCCUCAUUUACAGCAGCACGACGAAUCACCCUGCCUUCGCCUCGUUGAAAACGUACACCACGCUCCUUCUGUCCUCCCCUUUCCUUUCUGCCACCCGCAAGCCGCAUGCAGAUGCCGAUUUCCCACCCCUCAGCACCCUGGAAGCGAAAUCCCUCGCCUAUGUCGUCCUCGCCACCCUGUUCGCAGCUCGCGUAGCUCAGACACACUGGCUCGAAUCGACCCCUGCCCCGAAGCCAGCGAAUUCCGUGAACAAGAAGCCCAAGAAAAAGACACAGUAGC